CGGCAGGUGAUUGCGCUGAUGGAGUACACGGAUCUGCUGAAGCCGGAGAUGAUUGAGAUGACGCGCAAGCUGUUCCCGGAGGAUGCGAUUGCGAGGGCGAAGAGGAACCUUGGGUUCGUGGGGAAUGCGGCCGGAGCGUAUACGCACUCGCUGGGCAUCCAGGAGAUCCGCGAGGACGUGGCCAAGUUCAUUGAGGAGCGUGACGGGUUCCCCUCGCACCCCGACAAUAUCUGCCUGACGUCUGGAGCGUCGGGGGCAGUCGAGCGUGUGCUGGACGUGCUGAUUGCGCACAGCAACGUGGGAAUCAUGAUCCCGAUCCCCCAGUACCCGCUGUACACCGCGACCCUGACACACAUGGAUGCCAAGGCAGUGCCGUACUACCUGCAGGAGGAGAAGGACUGGGGGCUCAGCAUCUCGGGUCUGAAGGAGGCGCUGGACGCGGCCCGUGCUUCCGGCACCGACGUGCGCGCGCUGGUGGUGAUCAACCCGGGCAACCCGACGGGCGGGUCGCUGUCGGCCGAGAACAUCGCCGAGAUUGUGCGGUUCUGCGAGCGCGAGCACCUGGUGAUCCUGGCGGACGAGGUGUACCAGACCAACAUCUACACCGAGACGAACCCGUUCGUGUCGUUCAAGAAGGUGGUGUCGCAGGAGCACUCGAACGUGGAGCUGUUCUCGUUCCACUCGAUCUCGAAGGGCAUGAUUGGCGAGUGCGGGCGGCGUGGCGGAUACUACGAGGCGGUGAACAUUGACGAGGCGGUGAUGGCGCAGCUGCUGAAGCUGGCGUCGGUCAGCCUGUGCCCGAACGUGCAGGGCCAGAUGGCGGUGGACGUGAUGGUGAAUCCGCCGCGGCCCGGCGACGCCUCGUACCAGCAGUACGCGCAGGAGCUGGAUGCCAUCUUCCAGAGCAUGAAGCGCCGCGCCAAGAAGCUGGCGGCGGCCUUCAACUCGCUGCCCAGCAUGACCUGCAAUGAUGCGCAGGGCGCCAUGUACCUGUUCCCGCGCGUCGAGUUCCCGCAGGCGUUCGUCGACGAGGCCAAGGCCCUGGGGCAGGUGCCUGACGGCCUGUACUGCAUGCAGAUGCUGGAGGCGACGGGCAUCUCGGUGGUGCCGGGGUCGGGCUUCGGCCAGGUGCCGGGCACGUUCCACUUCCGCUCGACGUUCCUGCCGCAGGAGCACCUGUUUGACGAGUUCAUCGAUGGAUUCAAAAAGUUCCAUCCUGUCGUUCCUGGCCAGGUACGCGGCGAACCUCUAAGGCGGGGGACUAGACACUCUUCUAUCUUCAUCAUCAACAAGGACCAUAUACUUUUCUUU